AUGUCAUCCACAACUUGUAAUACUUUUCAACCCAACGAGGAGCAGGACGUACUUGGUGAAUCGGGCACAGUGCUCUGGCACUAUUGGCGAGCACAUUGUCUGAAAGGCAGUUUGCAACCAUCACUUCAACCCUGUCCAAUCUCCACAUUUACUGACAAGCACGAUCAAUAUGGCGAUACUACAGUUUCUCAAGACAUGCAAUCCAUAACAUCUUUAGUUUAUGAUUUACUGGAUUUGCAUAGUGUGGUCAGUACGGAUAGUUCGUCUGAGCAACAACUUGAAGUUUCUUUGACUAUUUCAAAAAUUGUAAUGAUUGAUGCAACAGUACCGUCUAUUUUGUUUAAAGACUUGCAUUUGCCCACCCCAUUCGUAUCACGUAUUCAGUAUGUUCAAGCACAUACGGCGUCAGAUAUUGUAGCGUAUUUAUACGCUAUAUGCGGUUUGAUCAAGUCCAAGCGUGUAUCCAAUAUACAGUCACUAGAUGGUCCAGUUGUGUACCCUUGUGUGAUUCUAUAUGCUCGAUCGCCAAUGUUAUGGAUUCGUAUGCGAUCUCACGAGUUCAAGGCACUGCAUACUGCCAUCAACCAUGUGGAAAAAACGUUUGGUGUGACGGUUGUAUGUUGGUUUUUAAGGAAUAGAGAUCGGAUACGAUGGAAGUCUUGGCUGACUCAAGUCACUUGA